AUUUUCUCCUUUACACGGAAAGUUGAACAGAUAAUACUGGGUUGGUGUCGAGAAAAGCUGACCAUCUUCUGGUUUCCCACUGGACCAAAACUUUGGAGGCAAGACUUUUGAGAUUUACUCCAUUAUCUGGAAAUCGCAAGGCCCCGUGUCUUGAUUCGUGUAGCUGGGGAACGAAAAGGGUGAAAGAUGGGUUCAUUUGGGAAGCUUGCGAAGAGGGCUUUGGAGACUGAGAUGCCUGUAAUGGUUCAGAUACAAGAGGUGAUUCGAGGAAGGAAAGAUGCCAUGUCUUUGGCUCAGGGAGUGGUCUAUUGGCAACCACCCAAGGAUGCACUGAACAAGGUAAAAGAACUUGUUUGGGAGCCUUCUAUUAGCCGUUAUGGUGCUGAUGAAGGUAUCCCAGAACUCAGAGAGGCAUUGGUAAAGAAGUUGCAGCGGGAAAAUAAAUUAUACAAAUCUUCAGUGGUGGUAACUUCUGGAGCAAAUCAGGCAUUUGUGGAUCUUGUCCUCACGUUAUGUGACGCUGGUGACUCUGUUGUCAUGUUUGCGCCAUAUUACUUUAAUGCAUACAUGUCCUUCCAGAUGACAGGGGUCACUGAUAUACUGGUUGGUCCUGGUGACCCGGAGACUCUUUACCCUGAUGCAGAUUGGUUAGAGAAAACUCUAUCCGAAACCAAACCUGUCCCAAAGCUUGUUACAGUUGUGAAUCCUGGAAAUCCAUCCGGCACCUACAUCCCUGAGCCUCUUCUUAAGAGGAUAUCAGAUCUUUGUGAGCAGAAUGGUGCAUGGCUUGUUGUCGAUAAUACAUAUGAGUAUUUUAUGUAUGAUGGUCUUAAGCACACCUGCAUUGAAGGAAAUCAUAUUGUCAACAUCUUUUCUUUUUCAAAAGCCUAUGGGAUGAUGGGAUGGCGAGUUGGAUAUAUCGCAUAUCCUUUGGAAGUUGAAGGUUUUGCAGACCAACUCCUCAAAGUUCAGGACAAUAUCCCCAUAUGUGCUUCGAUCAUUUCUCAACAUCUAGCCCUAUACUCCUUAGAAGCGGGACCUGAGUGGGUCACGGAGCGUGUGAAGACUCUCAUCAAGAACAGGGAGAUCGUCGUAGAAGCUCUCUCUCCUCUUGGAGAUGGCGCGGUUAAAGGUGGAGAGGGCGCCAUUUAUUUGUGGGCAAAGCUACCCGACAAGUUUGUCAAGGACUUUGAUGUCGUUCGCUGGCUCGCUCAUAAGCAUGGGGUCGUGACUAUUCCCGGGAGUGCGUGCGGGUGUCCCGGGAAUCUCAGAAUAUCUUUCGGAGGGUUGGUGGAGAGUGACUGCAGCGCCGCUGCGGAGAGGUUGAAGAAGGGAUUAGAGGAAUUGGUGAGAGAUGGAAUGGUAUAAUGAGCGGUUCUUUUAGCCUUCGAUUGGAACAAUUGGAACAUUGGUGCCUAUUUACCCAAUUUGUGCCACAUUCGUGGCUGGUACGUCAUAGUAAGCGGUGGUUUUUAUAGUUCUUGUUAAUCUUAUGGUGAAAUGGUGCUUCGCACACAGGCUUGUACUGUCAAACAGGUUCGACACUAAAUACAGGCAGAAAUGUUUCAUCAUUCAGGAAA